UCCUUUGCUUUCUCUUGAGUUUCAUCAUUCACUUCCUCUUUUGCUGAAGUAUCUGAUUGCAGAGAGAGGGGCUCUUGGAGAAGAAACUAGUUCUGAUUCGUUGCUUAUCAGCUCCGUCACACACCCAAAAUUAAGUCAACUAGUCAAGGAGAUGGGUGGAAGUAGGCUUCUUUUGCAUGCCCUUCUCAUAACCUAACAAAUACCCUUCAACAGCUUUGGCACACUUACAUUUCACGCUUCAUCUCAUCGCCCUCUCUCCAUACGAAUCUCAUUUCUUCACGAACUUUGCUCAUAUAAUUAACAGAGGCUUACUAGUUCUCUUCAUAGUGCUUUGUUCAUUUCUUCAACGUUCUUAUAAUUAUAUAAAUAUUCUAUCUCGCAUAAGUUGAAUAUUGAUUAGCAGUGGCUAGCUGAUCAUCUCGAUGAGUAACUCCGCAAGCAAUGUUAUGAUGGAGAUAGAGGCCAAUAAACCAGCAGGGAACGGGAUGGUGGUAGGAGGUUUGAGUCCUCUGAGUGAGACAUUGUGGAGAGAGAAGACCAACACGGAGUUUGUCGGAGAUGUGUCUGCAAGGCUCACCUGGAAGGAUCUGACCGUAAUGGUAACUCUCAGCAAUGGAGAGACGCAGAAGGUGUUGGAAGGACUAACCGGUUAUGCUGAGCCUGGCACUCUCACCGCUCUCAUGGGUCCUUCAGGCUCUGGAAAAUCCACGCUUCUUGAUGCUCUCUCCAGUCGCUUGGCUGCUAACGCUUUCCUCUCAGGAGCCAUUCUUCUCAAUGGUCGCAAGACCAAGCUUUCUUUCGGGACGGCAGCCUAUGUAACUCAAGAUGACAACUUGAUUGGUACACUGACUGUUAGGGAAACAAUUUCCUACUCAGCUCGACUUCGUCUCCCUGAUAAGAUGCCUUGGUCUGAGAAGCGCGCACUGGUUGAAAGUACAAUUAUAGAGAUGGGUCUGCAAGAUUGCGCUGAUACGGUAAUUGGGAAUUGGCAUUUGCGUGGGAUCAGCGGAGGAGAGAAGAGGAGGGUCAGCAUAGCUCUUGAAAUUUUGAUGAGGCCCAGACUGCUCUUUCUUGAUGAGCCCACCAGUGGACUUGAUAGUGCUUCGGCGUUUUUCGUAACCCAGACUUUACGUGGCCUGUCAAGAGAUGGUAGGACUGUAAUAGCUUCAGUCCAUCAGCCCAGCAGUGAAGUUUUUGAGCUAUUUGAUCAGUUGUAUUUGCUUUCUGGCGGCAAAACUGUUUAUUUUGGUCAGGCUUCUGAAGCAUAUGAGUUCUUUGCGCAAGCUGGAUUUCCAUGCCCUGCCUUGAGAAAUCCAUCUGAUCAUUUUCUUAGAUGCAUCAAUUCUGACUUUGAUAAGGUUAAGGCUACUCUGAAAGGGUCCAUGAAAUUACGGUUUGAGGCAAGUGAUGAUCCCCUGGACAAGAUAACCACUGCUGAAGCGAUCCGAACUCUUCUUGACUUCUACCAUACAUCUCAGCAAUGUUAUACCGCAAAGGAAAGGGUUAAUGAGAUAUCGAAAGUUAAAGGAACUGUGCUAGAUUCUGGAGGCAGUCAAGCUAGUUUCCUGAUGCAGUCUUAUACUUUAACCAAGCGUUCAUUCAUCAACAUGUCUAGAGACUUUGGCUAUUAUUGGCUGAGGCUGCUAAUUUAUAUUGUCGUCACUAUCUGCAUUGGAACCAUUUAUCUCGAUGUUGGAACGGGCUACAACUCAAUUCUGGCAAGGGGUUCAUGUGCAUCUUUCGUCUUUGGUUUUGUCACAUUCAUGUCAAUUGGUGGGUUCCCUUCCUUUGUAGAGGACAUGAAGGUUUUCCAAAGGGAGAGGUUAAACGGGCAUUACGGUGUAACUGCAUUUGUCAUAGGGAAUACGCUCUCAGCCAUGCCAUUCCUGAUUAUGAUCACCUUCAUCUCUGGAACUGUUUGCUACUUUAUGGUUCGUCUUCACCCGGGCUUUGAACAUUAUUUAUUCUUCGUAUUGUGCCUUUACGCAAGUGUUACUGUGGUUGAGAGCUUGAUGAUGGCCAUAGCGAGCAUCGUCCCCAAUUUCCUCAUGGGUAUCAUCAUAGGAGCUGGGAUUCAGGGAAUAUUCAUGCUUGUUUCUGGAUACUUCAGGCUCCCCAACGACAUCCCAAAACCUGUCUGGCGUUACCCAAUGUCCUACAUCAGCUUCCACUUCUGGGCUCUACAGGGACAAUACCAAAAUGAUCUGAAGGGCUUGUUGUUCGACAAUCAAUCACCAGAGCUUCCCAAGAUUCCUGGAGAAUACAUCCUGGAAAACGUGUUCCAAAUUGAUGUUGGACGCUCAAAAUGGAUAGAUCUCAGCGUGAUCUUCAGCAUGAUCUUCAUUUACCGCAUCAUCUUCUUCUUCAUGAUAAAGAUAAGUGAGGAUGUUACCCCUUGGAUCAGAGGUUUGAUAGCCAGGAGAAGAAUGCAACAGAAGAAUGGAACACAAAAUACGACCGUUGCGCCUGACGGCCUCACCCAGUCUCCUUCUUUGAGGGCCUACGCGGCAAAUCGAGCAACUCGAACGGGUAAAAGAUGGACUACGGGUCUCCAUGCAAGAGAUCUCACAAAAAAUUGAUGGGAUCACCUUUGUGUCCUCAGAUACACUCAUCCAGUCGUUUUAACGUCUUAACCUUACGCUGCCCUUUAUUAUUUUAAUUUAUUAUUAUUAUUAUUUUAAAAAACAUAUGCUUUAAAUAUAUAUACCUUUGAAGUUAA